AACUCGAACCUCGAUAACUCGAAAUUCUUGAUAUCUCGAAUAAAUAAAAUUCCCCUUCAAAUAACAAUAACACUUAAUGUUUAAAUAAUCUUGUUAACUCGAAAAUUAAUUUGACAAGUUUUUGAUAUCUCGAAUUUUCUUAUCCAAAUUUAGUACUAAAAAUAGUUUAUCAAGGCGAUUAUUUUUCGUAAAACCCGACCGUAAUUUAACUCUUGAUAACUUUGAUACAAUCAGUUUUAGUUCUGCCGUCUGUUCGUUCGGUUAAUCGUUUAUCGUGUGAGUGUGACAGUGUUAAUCAGUGGUUAUUAUGGCUCAAAAAAGAAAAUUAACAACAUUAUCACUUGCAGAAAAAGUGAACUUGCUUAAAAUUAUUGAAAAAGGCGAAAAAAAAAAAAACAAGACAUAGCCAAAGAUUUUGGAAUUCCGGCGAGUACAUUAUCUACAAUAAUAAAAAAUAAAGAUGUAAUUUUAAAAAACUUUAACGAAAACUCGGCAACUAGAAAAAAAAUGAAACUAGGAGAAUACUCUGACAUAGAAUCAUGUUUAUUAAAAUGGUUUCAACAAUGUCUUGACAGAAAAAUUCCAAUUAAUGGACCUAUUCUACGAGAAAAAGCUGAAGAGUUUGGACAUAAGUUAGGGCAUGAAUAUUUUAAAGCUAGCAGUGGAUGGUUAACAAAUUGGAAAAUCAGAAAUAGCGUUGUAUUUAAACAAGUUUGUGGUGAAAGUGGCGCUGUAGAUGUACAAAAAUGUUCCGUAUGGAUAAAUAAUUUACCGAAACUCAUCGAAAAUUAUUCACCAGACGAUAUUUUUAAUGUAGAUGAAACAGGAUUAUUUUUCAAAUGUUUACCUGACAAAACAUUCAUAUUUAAAGGCCAAUCUUGUUCAGGUGGAAAACAUAGUAAAGAAAGAGUAACACUUCUGUUAGGGGCAAAUAUGUCGGGCACAGAAAAAUUAAGACCACUUCUGAUUGAAAAGAAAUGGUAA